CAAGGAUUGAUGAUUUUUUUGCAUUUAUCAAAUAUUUUCUCAUUUAAAAUUAUGAUUAAAGAACAAAGUAGUGAUGACUAAUUUAUAUAUGCGCUAAUCUUCAACCAGUUAUCAGGAAUAAAUAGGUUUAUUUUUUAUUAUUUACAGUCAGUUAAGUAUAGGUUAUCAAAAUAUAUACAGACAUAGAGAAAUCUAAAUUACAAUAAGUAGGAAAUGUUAGUGAAACAAAAAGAAAGUGAUUCAGAAAAAUGUGAGGAAGAAAGGUGAAAUUUUGUUCCUUAUUUUUUUUAUUGUAAAUCAACAUAGUCUUCACGUUUUCCUAUUAGAAUUUGAGAUUAGGUUGUUAAAGAUAUCUUGUUGAAGAUGAGAUUAGUCAAUAAAUUAUUUUGUUUAAUGGUCACACCAUUUUUUAAAGUACUUUCAAAAGUAUACUAUGUAGUAGCCAUUACAGUAUUAAGUUGGGUGAGCCCAAAUUGGUUGUCAUGGAAUAAAUAUUCAGAAAGUAUGUUAAGAGCGCUAGAAAAAAGAAUUUUAAGCAUACUGAAAGUCCCAUACAAAGGAUUUUAUGUAGACAUCGGACCAGUUGUAGGUCCUGCUGACAAGAUAUGGACACUCUCCUUUAACACAGAGUCUCAAAAAACUCCCUUGGUGCUCCUACAUGGCUUGGGAUCAGGCGUUGCGCUGUGGUGCUUGAAUUUCGACGCCUUUGCUAAUACGAGACCAGUAUAUGCUAUAGAUGUAUUAGGAUUUGGUCGUUCGAGUCGUCCUACAUUCAGUCAAUCUAGCAAAGAAGCCGAGAACGAAAUGAUAAGAUCCAUUGAAGAAUGGCGCAAGGAACUGAAAUUAAAAGACUUCAUCCUGUUGGGUCACAGUAUGGGGGGCUUCUUAGCCGCAUCCUAUUCCAUUUCGUAUCCCAAGAGAGUGAAGCAUCUAAUUCUGGCUGAUCCUUGGGGAUUCCCGGAACGCCCCCGAGAAUACAAUAGUAUUCCCCUUUGGAUCAAAACGGUAGUCUAUGUUCUGAAGCCCUUUAAUCCUCUCGCGGGAAUUCGGGUGGCUGGACCGUUUGGACCAAAGCUGAUCAAUACCAUAAGACCAGACAUUUCAAAGAAGUAUGCAAUAGCACUAGAGGACACCAACGUAAUACCAGAAUAUAUUUAUCAAUGUAAUUGCCAAAAUCCCAGUGGCGAAGGCGCAUAUCACGCCAUGAUGGCCGAUUUUGGAUGGGCGAAAAAUCCAAUGGUUAGACGGAUCGACCAGCUCAGACAAAACUUACCAAUUACUCUCUUAUAUGGAUCUCGGUCGUGGGUGGACCAUUCAGCAGGCGAAAUUCUCAAAGAAAAACGACUCAACUCCGUCUUCAAAUUACAAGUGGUAUCAGGUGCUGGCCAUUACGUUUACGCCGACAAACCAGAAGCUUUCAAUCAAAUAGUCCUUGAUGCAUGUGCUUACACCGAUUCCGAAGAAAAACGCCCCUUAGCAUUAGAAUCCGGCAAAAGAGUAGAAUCAGAUGCUCCAGAAAGUGAUAUCAAACAGUGAUUAUUUAAUAUUGUAUUAUAUACAGGAAAUUUAUCUUUAAAAAUAACUAUUUAUUUUAUAUAUCGUGACUUUAAUUAAUUGUAUGAUUAAUGCCUGGAUGCACCAACAGAUCUUAAGCUUAAGACGUGCUUUAAGCUCAGCUUACUAAACAUACGUGUUGCACCAUUGAGUCUUAGAUCAAUUUUCAGCUUGCUACAAUGGAGUGUCAAGUGGAUUGCAUCUUAAACUUCGUCUCAUAGAGAUAAAAGUAUAAAAUGAUGGAUGUAUAAGCUAAGCUGGACUAAGCUGGAGCUUAAGAUUUGUUGGUGGAGCCAGGCAUAAGUUGUCCUAAAACUGUCAUUGCAGAUCUAUCAGUUUUACGCUAUUGCGGCUAGAGUGUUGUAUAUUCUCUCAAAUAGAAGAAUAGUAAAUAAUACUAAAAAUGAUAAUCAUGUUUAAGGUAGUUAACUUAUUUAUCAUUAUUUUGGACAUUUUAAUUUCUUACAAAACUGGACAAAAUCUCUAUAUUUCGUAUAGAAAUUAUUAUAUCUCUUCCUAGAUGUCUUCACUGACUUUUCUUAUGGUAGUUAAAAAAUAAUCUGAUGUAAUUCCUAAAAUAACGAUUAAUAUUUUAUUGUAUUUUGUUCGUAUAAAAUACAUUAACAAUAAUCUUAGAUUACACUUACUAAGCUUGUAUUAAAAAUCCAAGUAUUUACAAUAAUUUUUAAGUUUUUAAUAAUUAUAAUAGUCAGGGAUGUCAGGUAUAUUUUCACCAUUUACUACUAACAAGCUAAUUUUUCGUGAGUAGCUUCAUUUUGACGAGACGCCCAACUUUUUUCCUACAAUUUCCGUAUGUGGUAGAUUACAAAGAUAGCAGGGAUAGUCCAGUCGGGUUAGACGAAUAACAGGCCUAACCGUGCAUGCCGAGCUGCCCCAAAUUUUAUUUUUCUAAUCUUUAGGGAGGGUCAGUAGUAGUGUAAAUUUAAAAUCUCGACUGAAUUCCGCUGUUACAUUAGCCAUCAUUUUGAUUUUAAAAGGGAACCGUUUUUGCUCAAUAUCUCCGCCAUUUUCAACUUCUCUACAAAAAGUAUGACAACUAAAAUUGUUGAAAAUGUGAUUUCCUAUAAUUUCUUUCAUUACAAUUUUUUCGUGCGGUCGAUAUUUUCUGAGACAUGGCGGAAAAUAGUGACAGUUAGAGCAUAAUUAUUGAAUUAUUUCGUUAUUAUUAAUUUUACGACAAAACUGUACCUAUACAAAAAGGGCAGCUCGGCAUGCAAGGUCAAAUGCUAUCCCGACUAUAGUGUAGGAAACGGAGGUUGGACCUGGCAAAAUUGACAUAAGUCCGGUUUUAUUUUUUUUCUGGUAUAUCAAGGGUACUUAUUAUGAGACUAACUUUUUUUUUAAUUUCGCCCCGGAACCCCCCUUUUUAUCCCUUUAAAAGGAGUAAUUUGUGGUUUUUGCGAAACGUAGCCCUUCCUGUGCGUUUUGCAAAAAAUUUAUUCAAUAGUAAAAUGAAGAGGACUAUAUUUCCUACUAUUUAUUUCCCGACAGUCUAUGUCUAUCACCCACCGUUUAGCGGGGGUGACGCCCCAAAGUUGACAAAUUUUUAAAAAAGAUGUUUUUAAAAAAACUUAUUUUUUCCUAACUAUAAUCAAAAUUAAGAAGAAACUCGGCGGCAAUUGCAAAUUUUUUUAAUUACAGGAUGCUACAUUUUUAAAAACCCCGUUUUAUACCAUCUGAACCGCCUAUGCUAGAGUUAAAAAACUUUCAGCGAUUAUCCAUGUACUAGUGUUAUUUACAAAUUUGUGUAAUGAACCUCCUACACUACUAGGAUGAAAAAUAUAUUGUCUCACAUUGUCUUACAAAUUGUGUGGUACAUUGUCCUGGUCCUACUUUCAAAAGUUGUUAAUGACACAAGACCAUUUUUUUUUAUUAAUAACAGUAGGACAAAGGUAUCACUUGAUAAGUUAGUGUAUUUUUCAUCCAAAUAAAACAAUGUCAUACAAAAAAAAACAGGUAUGUAUCGCUAGUCCGACAAGAAUCAAUAUUAAACAAAAUAAUUCAAUAAUUAUGCUCUAAUUGUCAUUAUUUUCCCCCAUAACCCUGAAAAUAUUGACCGCACGAAAAAAAUUAUUGUAAUGAAAGAAAUUAUAGAAAAUCACAUUUUCAACAAUUUUAGUUAUCAUACUUUUUGUCGAGAAAUUAAAAAUGACGUGUGAGAUAUUGAGCAAAAACGGUUCCCGUUUAAAAUCAAAAUGACGGCUUACGCAACAGCGGAAUUCAGUUGAGAUUUUAAAUUUACACUACUAUUGACUCUCCUAAAGAUAAGAAAAAUAAAAUUUGGGGCAGCUCGGCAUGCAAGGUUAGGCCUGUUAUUCGUCUAACUCGACUGGACUAUCCAUGCUAUCUUUGUUAUCUACUACAUACGGAAAUUGUUGUAAGCAAAAAAGUUGGGCGUCUCGUCAAAAUGAAGCUACUCACGAAAAAUUAGCUUGUUAGUAGUAAAUGGUGAAAAUAGGCCUGGAAUCCCUGACUAUAAUAAGUUUUUAGUGGUUAGAAUAGCAAAAAAUACAUCUGAGAUAUCAGAAAUUACAAACAUUUAAAAUUGUAAAGAUCUCUUUUAUCAUCAGUAGUAUUGACAGGGAUAUAUUGAGGUAGAUACCUUUGAGAUGCAUAUAUACAGACGGAUGCUGAGAAUUCUAUGGGUACAAAAAGUUACUAACAAUGAGGUACUUUGGCGCAUGAGUAAACAAAAUGAAUUAUUAAGAAUUAUCAAAGAAAAAAUGUCAUGUGUUGCGAGUUAAAAGAUAUGAAUUCGUGCAAAUCAUAUUGAAGGUAAAUUACAACUUGAAAAAAACUUGUAAGUCUUUGAGAUGUGGCUAUACAGGCGAAUCCUAAGGAGAUCAUGGACGGACAAGAUAACCAACUAGACCGUACUACGAAGAAUGGGGAAAGAAAGAGAAGUGAUGUUUACAAUUAAAAAGAGAAAGUUAGAAUAUCACGGACACAUAAUAAGAAACAGCACUAAAUACAGAUUACUGAAAAUAAUCCUUCAAGGCAAAGUAUUCGGAAAGCGAGGUACAGGGAGAAGAAGAAUAUCAUGGUUAAAGAACCUGAGGAAAUGUUUCUCGACAACGACAACUAAUCUAUUUAAAGCAUCAGUUAACAAAAUAAUUAUAGCCAGAAUGAUCGCCAGUAUUCGAAACGAAUAGGCACCAAAAGAAGAAGAAAGUACAGGGCAAAAGAUCAAUAGCAAGGCGCCAGAAAUCGUGGCUGAAAGACCUGAGGAGAUGGUUUGAUCGCUAAUCUAUAGAAAUAUUUCGUUUAGCAGUUACCAAAGCUACAAUUGCCAUUUGGAUCGCCAACCUUCGAAAGAAGACGGCGCAGUAAGAAGAAGAUAAUAACCAUGGCCUUUUAAAAAACAUCUUCAUAGGACUGCAUUCUAUGAGACUCCCUUCGGUCUGUAUAAUCAUGAAUAUAUCUAAGAUUUAAACCGUGUAUUCUUCGAUUGUCUUAAUCAUAGGGAUCAGACUCGAAACUUAUAUUUUAGGGGAGUGCAAUUAGAACGAAAACAUGCAUUGUUUCGAAAAAAUUCAAACAAGCCUAUAUUUUUUUAAAACUUUUUUUGUUAGUUUAUAUACAUGUUAAAGUAAAAAGUUCUACUCGCAGAUUUUGCCGCUAAUUGUUUAUUAAUUGUUUAAAUAAUAAUUGUUUUGUGCAAAUAAUUUUAAAAAUAUCUUUAAAUUCAUCAUUUUACUUUGAUCAAUAUUUUGUUUUUGAUUAUGCUGAAUUCGAAUAUGGCAUUUCAAUUUGAAAAUUCUUAUACAGAAGCUCUUAUACAGUGUGUCUGCACAGCUAGGAACCAUAUGGAAAACAUUUUUAUUUUCAAUUUUACGAAAAAAUUAUUCUUAAUAAAAUGCUCUGGAUAGUAAAAAAUCUAAAACUCAACCAUCAGAUAUCAAAUUUUAUCAAUUUUAUACGAGUUAUGUCAAAAAUAUGAAUUUCGUUAAAGAGUAAAGUACCUUUAUAUUCCAGAAUAUCAAAAAAUGCUAUAAUGAAAAGUUGUUUGAAAUUAGAAACAGUCUAAAUAUACAAUUACAUUAUUCUAAUCGAAAAAAUUUUUUCAAUUUUUUCUCAAAUUACGGAUACUCGUCAUUAUUUUAUUACAAUUAUGAUAACUAUUUUAUUAUCACUUUUACGAAAAAAAGUUAUUCUUUAUAAAAUGCUCUCCCUGGUCUAAAAUCUAAGAUACAACCAUCAGAUAUCAUUUUUUUUUUUAAUUUUAUACGAGGUAUGUAAAAAAUAUGAAUUUUUCUUAAGAGUUAAGUUCCUUUAUUAUUCACAAUAUUUUAAUUAGAAGGAUGUAAUUGAACACUAAAACAAAUUUUUCAAUUCCAAACAACUUUUCUUAAUAACAAUUUUCGAUAUUGUGAAAUGUAAAGGUACUUUACUCUUGAGUAAAAUCCAUAUUUUUUGACAUACCUCGUAUAACAUUAAUUAAAUUUGAUAUUUGAUGAUUGCAUCUUAGAUUAUAUACGAUGCAGAGUAUUUUAUAAAGAAUAAUUUUUUUUCGUAAAACUGAUAAUAAAAAAGUUAUCAAUAGGUUCCAAGUUACGCAGACAUACUGUAUAAGAGCUAAAAAAAAUUUUUUGCUGAACAUUUAUUAUUGUUGAAGCUUAUUAUUAAUUGUAUUUUAGGUAAGUUUUACAGAAAAAAGUUUUGAUCACUUUGUAUAAACAUUUUUUUAGCUGGUAAUUUUCGGUUUUUGUAUUACAUUUUUGUUAACUUUCUUAAUUUUCUUAAAAAGAAAUAGUUUAUUUCAUUUCUAAAAGUAAAAUAAUUUAGUGCAUUUUAAAGAUUACAUCCUAAGCUUUAAAAAAGCACUUAUAAAAUUGUAAUAAAUCUGGCCAAACUUGAGUAAUACAUACCGUCUUAAAGUGGAGGUAAUUCUAUAAAACUACGAAGAUUUCAAAAAUUACAUUUUUUGAGACGUCAUAUCAUUUGAAUUAAAUUUUUAAGAUUUUUUUUGAAUGAAACAUCAUUUAGUACGAUGCUUGAGAGGUAAGUUGUGCAAAAUUGAGAGAUUUUUAAGAAAAAUUGUAUUAGUUACACAUUUUUAAAUCAUUUUUAAACAAAAUUCGUGUAAGGCUCAUUUUCCGCCCACACCGUGCUUAUGCCCAUACAUUUUAUUUCUUUCUAUUAUAACCAUAAUAUAGCUUAAUUAUUCUUCUUUCAUGUUCAAUUUGUAAAAUUUCAUUUGAUCCAUUAGUUAAAGAAUUACAUUAAAAUAACUCAAUCGUGCACUUCGCCGUACGUUAGUUUACAGUGCGCCAAUGUUUGUGAGAAGGGUGACUUUAGCGUUAUAAAUAUAAAAUUAUAGGAGAUACAGAUUUAAUUUUAGAAAAUUCUUUUUCUAGUUUCUUAGGUUUUUUUGUAACGUUUUUUGAAUUUUUCAAUGGUCAAGUCAGUUUUUUUCUAAAAUUUAUAUUUUUGGAAUUAUUUAAAAAAAACAUCUAAUUUCGUAGUUCAUUUGUUUAAUAAAAAAUGAAGCACCCACUUCUCGAGUAGAACUUUUUGAUAUGUUGUUUAUUAAACAUUUCUUAAUGAAAUUACAAAAAGUUCUAUCUUGUUUGAUUUUUUCCGAAGUGAAAAUCUAUAUGCACUCCCCUAUUUAGGUUUAUUUGAUCCCAACAUUAGCCUACCACUUAAUAUCAGCAAUCUUAAGACAAAUCUAUAUAUAUCUUAAUUAAGUUUAUAAACAUUUAAACAUCUUUAUAACAAAAUUCUGUGGCAAAAAUAUGCUUUGUCUAAUGCCAUAUCUCUCCACACACACAAAUACAUCACAAAAAUAUUUUAAAAAUAAACAAGCAACAAGUUAAGGGUCCAGAACUGUGUGACUAGUAGCGGGGCGGUUACUGUAUACCCAAACUGUUUUAGUUUAGUAUACACUUCUUUUUUUGUUCAAUGAAGGAAAUUUGCAAUACCAAGUUUACUUGAGCUAUUAAUAAUGUGUAAUAAUAAUAGGAAUUUUUGUGUUAUACAGUCGGAAAAAUGAAAGAAUAGGGCUUUUCAUUCACAGUCAUUUGUUUCGAGCUUCUGUCAUGUGUCACAUAAUAUUAAUAUAUCUACGUCGUACGUUAUUGGUAUAUAACAAUGAUACAAACCAAAGACAUAUGGCGUAGAUAUAUUAAUAUUAUGUGACACAUGACAGAAGCUCGAAACAAAUGACAAUCGAUGAAAAGCCCUAUACCCAUGAACGAUCACAUCAAUCACAUCAAUCACUUAUUUUGCAUUUGCUGUCUUUUUCUAUAAGUAACAAACGUUUGUUAUAGAAAAAGACAGCAAAUACAAAAUAAGUGAUUGAUGUGAUUGUUCAUGGGUAUUCUUUUAUUUUUCCGACUGUAUGUUUCCAACAAUGAAUCUGUCGAAAUAUUCACAAGUUCAGUGAGAGGAGUCGUAAAAAACUUAACAGCUAAACAACUGUCAAAAAUCAAAAAUUAGACACUGUUGUAACCUCUGGAAAUAGCGCAUAAAAGAUUAAUAAUUUGUCCAUUCAAUAAUUUUUUUUCUCCAAGUAAUUUGUUUUAUUUCUUCGGAUAAAAGGAAUUCCACCAGAAUUUUUUCUAUGACAAAAAUGCGUCAUUAUCUUAUGAUCUGUUUAAGUUAAUGUUUACAAUUAAUUAAUGCCACUAUUGGAUUCUGCAAAUAAAUAAUUAAUAUAUUUGUUAUAUUCGCUUUAUUGUAUUGUUUUAAAUUAAGUCAGGAGAAAGGGCUGUGAUACAGUACAAGGAUUGCAAAUAAAUGUUUUUGAUAUA